AUGCCACCUAAGUUUGGGAAUUCAUCUUCAUGGCGAAAGAAGCGCCAGACACGCGGGUCUCUUGUCGACAUCAAGAGAAAAGCCAAGGCCGACCGCGAACGGUUCCGCCGCGGUAAGCGGGGGGUCUACAAGCGCCUAAAUGACCUCUACCUUGACGGUCUAGAUACGGGCCGUGAACUUCGCAUAUAUACUCUUUUCAUGCGGAAACCAAAGGGAUGUCGCGGUACAAUCCAAUACUCAACCUACAACUCUCACCCUCACGAAAAAUGGGUCCCGUCUGCUGAGAAAGUGAAUGAUUGUUGGCCGAUUGAGGAGUGGAGCCCAAACAACUUCGACUCGAACACACUAGAACCGAGGCACAGGGGGGUCGGUUCGCGCAACAUGCGACUUUUCUCUAUCUCUAAGCCACCGUCACUGGUAUUACCUGGAACACCAAGACUGAUGUGA